GAAGAUGGCCGGUCACGUGACCUGAGCCAGAUGCUGAUGUUGCAGUAAAAACAUUGUUGUGUUUGUUUCGUCUUUUACUCUUGGUCGUUUUUAGUCGCGUUUCCGGGUUUUUAGUCGGUUUGUUUCGGUUUCAGUCGGUUUUAUUUCAGCAGCUCUUGUCUUCGCUGCGGUGCGAGAAGAAGAAGAGAAGAGCAGAUGAAACAUGGCUGCUCUCUUCUUACUUCUUCUCUCUGCUCCUCUGCUUCCCUGUGCCGCUGUCAAGAUCGACCCCUUGGCGGUGGACGAGCAGGUGCUGUGGGUGAGUGGCCAGGAUUCCGUGUCUACCUUCAGGAUCCCGCUGCUCACCUUCACCCCCAAGGGAAGCCUGCUGGCCUUCGCUGAGGGCAGGAAAGCAUCAGCUAGCGAUUACGGGUCAAAGUUCAUCGCGAUGAAGCGCUCCACAGACAAAGGAGCCACCUGGUCCCCGAUGUCGUUCAUCAUAGACGAUGGAUCCGACCUGGACGGCCUGAACCUCGGCUCCGUGGUGGUGGACGAGGAGGCGCGCACAGUCAUCCUGAUCUACACCGUCUGCUUCCACCUGUACCGCUGCAGCCCCGCCAGCACCAUGAUGGUGGAGAGCAAGGACGAUGGCCUGAGCUGGGGCUCGCCCAAAAACCUCUCGGUCCAGAUCGGAGUCACGAACUUUGCUCCCGGGCCAGGAACCGGCCUCCAGAAGCGUCGUGAGCCAAUGAAAGGCCGGUUGGUGGUUUGUGGUCACGGAUCAAUAGAGGGUGACGGCGUUUUCUGCAUCCUGAGUGACAACCAUGGAAAGAACUGGACCAACGGUGCCGCGCUGAAAAGCAUCCCCUUCAACCAGCCCAAGAGGCCGCAGGACUUCAACCCUGACGAGUGCCAGCCGGUGGAGAUGCAGGACGGCAGCAUCGUCAUCAACGUGCGGAACCAGAACAACUACCACUGCAGGUGUCGCAUAGUGGCGCGCAGCCGUGACGGGGGAAUGACCCUGCCCAUCGACGAUAUGUACUUCGACUACGAACUGGUGGAUCCUGCCGUGGCAGCCGCGGCGCUGCUGAAGGAGGGAGUGAUGUUCUUCGUCAACCCGUCCAGCGAGCACCACAGAGUUAACCUAACCUUGCGUUGGUCGCUGACUGAUGGGAACUCUUGGGAGAGAAAUUCAUUCCAGAUAUGGCAGGGGCCGAGCGGCUACUCCUGCAUGACCUCGCUGGACAGCGGUUCUGUCGAGGACAAGAAGUACAUCUUCGUCAUCUACGAGAAAGGCCACAAAGACAUUGACGAGACUAUCUCGUUCGCCAAGAUCCACCUGUACGGUGGCCUGUAAAGUUUGUGAAUAGGAGGUAAGGAUGUCAACUUUAGAAAUCAAGCAUGAGGUGCAACAAAUUAAGACUGAUUUAGUUACUCUUGAUUUGAUUUGGGUGAAAAAUGCAUUUCUGAUGUGUUUUUUACACAAGUGUUUAACUUUCACAUCUUUCCUUUGUCUCUCAAAUUCAAACACUGAAGGGAAAAGGAAACAGAAAGAGGUUGUCUGCUCCUGCGAAUCUCUCAGGAAGAAAAGAGUAGACGUUUAAGACUCUGAUUAUGAAGUUAAAUUAAUGUAUCGAAAGAUGGACGAUGCAUCUUCACUAUCCAGAAAUGAAGCCAAAAUGUCCCGGAUAGAAACAAACCAGAGUUUGUGCAGUAGUGAUCAGGGGAUGGAGCUGUAGUGGCAAUAAAUGCGCCGGACCAAUCACUACAUUUCAUCCCAUUUUUAUAGCAUCAAUUAACUAAUUAAAGCCAAAUUUAAUGGAACAAUGUGUUUAUCCAUCAUACUAAAAUGUUUUUGACCUGUAUUUUUAAUCUAUUUGGUCCGUGUCCUAUCUGCUAACAUAGAGGAGGUGGGACUAAUGACGUGCACUGCAGCCAGGUUUCAGUUUGGCUUCACUUUCAGGGAGAUGUCAUGUCGUCAAUCUUAAUAUACAAUCUGUACUAUGUACUACGAAUGUCUAACAUGAUGAACUCUGAAAAUGCCUUCUUUUUCCAUACUGCAAUAUUCCCACGGUUGAUUAUAUCACGGUUUGAGUUCCCUCUUUCAAGACAAAGGGGAAAUAACGAUAAAGGGAUAGAUUUGUAAAAAUAAUGUACAGACCAAAAAACACCAGUGUAUACAUAAUUCAGACAAUAGUGUAACUUUUGUCUGUUUUGAAGCUUCAUUUUAAAUAUUGCACAAUACCUAUAGUAACUCUUUCACCAGUUUUCCAUGCAGUUAUACUUUUGACAAAGUGUUUGAUCUUCAUGGUCUAAUAACAUGGAUAGUGACGCUACUCUGAAAUUGUUUUUAAACAUCUCUGGGAUGGAUCAUCUGUUACUUAUGAAUUGAAAGUGUUACUCGUUCCUUGGUUCUGGUGUGAAAUGAUUCCUAUUUUCUCACAUAAUACAGUUUUCUCCUUAAGAAAUCCAAUCAAUCAAAAUCAAAUUAUAUGUGGGUAUGUGCUUUUAAUCAUGGGAAAUUAAAAAUGUUGUAGAUGUGAGUGUGUAAUGAAGACAUUCUGACUCUAACUGGUUCUGUUGUUGCUAAAAUAAUUUUUGCGUGUGUUUGAGACUACACUUGUGUGUCUGACUUAAUGCGGGAGUGAAUGGGAAAGUACAUAAUGUAUCCUCUUCUGCACUCCAGUGUAUUCGGAUGUUUUGUAAUGAGCCUCUUGCCAUUGAUGCUUCAGGCAAAGGAGUCUAAUGAUGUUAAUGAGCAGUGACAGUGCAAUAAAGACCACAUCAACACUCACAA